GAUUCUACGGAGAUCAGCCAGCGACGCAGACGUGCGCCCUGCUGGUUCCAGUCAUUGGCAGCAACCGUGAAGUGUGCGAGGAGUUCUUCACUCGCCGACACGAGGCCGUGGCCUACUUCGUGAAUGCGAAGGCCACCCGCGGGGUCAGAGUUGCCUGGCGCGAGAUCCAAGAGAAGGCCGAGAGCUACAAUAAGCACGAGGUGCAGACGAAGCGAGCUCCAGACAGGAUACUUCUACUGGCCGAUUAUCAGGCGUCGCUGGGCGACCCGUACAGCAACGGUAAGGGCCACCAGGUGUGCAUGUACAAAGGGCACCAGUGCGUCCGCAUCCCUGGGAAGCUGGAGUGGCUGGUCCAAGAAGUGGAGACGCAAGGCGUUAGCAAACGCCGCCUGAACCAGCACUCGGACGACGCCAUCUUCGACGGUCAGCUCCAGCGUGCUGUCGCUACGCCACAGGGUGGGAUGCAGCCCGGCAGCAGCUGCGGCGUGUUUCAGGCCGCGUACUUCCCAGUGGCCAUGCGCCAGGUGCUGCUCACGCACUUGAAGGAGUUUCGCGAGAGCGCCCAGGACGAGAAAUACUUCGCCAUCGCCAACUUUCGCAGGCAGCUUGAGGGCGCAGUCGCCAAUUUCAGCAACACGAUCGUGCCUGCUAAGCAAGUGGAGGAGGAGCGCAAAAGCGCAGCUGAGCAGGGUCAGCCAGAACCAGAGCUCUACGCGGACAGCGACGACAUCCAGGCGCUGAGGAAGCAGGGCCAGGAGGCGGUCUCCAUUGCGAAAGCCUGGGCGAAGAACUCCGAGUUCGACAGAGACUUCGCGAGGUCUUACCGCAUGUCCUUGACUUUUUUGUCUACACCUCCUACAGCGGAGGUGCCGUUCCCAGCCUGGAUGCUCCAGGAGUUUAUCGCUAAACAGGCUGCGACUCCCGACGAGGCUAUGUGGUGUCUUCUGAGCCCUGAGAAACUAGCGGAAGCAGGGUACCCAACGCCAGCGUCGCAGAUGGCAAUGUGCACUGACAUGGGCAAGAUGAAGAUUAGCAUGAUUGCGCAGAGCAAAGCGCAAUUCAUUUGUCAGGAUUUGGCACGGCUGGCGUCGUCUCUACCAUCGUGGGCGGAUGACAAGGUGAAGGCCGACAUGAACGCCUUGAAGGUAGCGCUGGGCUUGCUCGACGAGAAUGCUAUGCCGCUGGCUACUGAGCUUGAGGUUGCCGGCGAGGCCGUGGAGGCCAUCAUGAAUAAUGCGUUGCCGAUGGCUGGCUCAGUCGUGCAGUGGCCUGAAGCCAAGAAGCUCUUGCGCGAUGCGCAGGUCGCUUUGGCGAGCUUCUCCAAGGGCUAUGACCAGUCGAAGCGGAUCAGGUCUCUCCUGCAGAAGGCGCUCGACAAUGCCCAGCAGGACGCGACGACCCUGGACUUGCGCACCCGCAUGGUCAGCACAACGGGCCACAUUAAGGGC